AUGUAUCGGGGAGGCAGGAAGACGGCGGUCCCGUCCCGGCAGCUGCGCUCUCGCCGGACCGCGUCGCCGCCGCCGCGGGGUGGCUCGAGUGGCGGCGCUCAGAAGGCGGUGGAGGAACCCUCUUUCACGACUUCCAUGGAAUGGGACACCCAGGUGGUGAAAGGAUGGUCGCUGCUCGGCCCCUCGGGGCUGAGGCCCGAGGAGCCGCCGUCGGCGCGGCUGCCGUGGUGGCUGCAGCCCGAGCGGAGCGCGGUGUUCCAGUGCGCGCGCUGCCACGCGGUGCUCGCCGACUCGGUGCACCUCGCCUGGAAUCUGACUGCCACCCUGGGCGCUGUGGUCUUCUCCAGAGUCACCAACAACGUGGUUUUGGAAGAGCCCUUUUUAGUGGGCAUCGAUGGCUUGCUCAAAGGCAGCACUUACAACCUUUUAUUCUGUUGUUCCUGUGAAGUUCCAGUUGGCUUUCAUCUAUAUUCAACCCAUGCUGCCAUGGCUGCCUUAAGAGGCCACUUUUGCCUUUCCAGUGACAAAAUGAUGUGCUAUCUCUUGUCAACAAAAGCCACAGUGCCUGCGUCCAAGAUGGAGAUUCACAAUGUCCCUCUCGAACAGAAGGUGUUGGAGCUGAAAGAGAAGAUAAUGUUAACUCAUGUCCACUUAAGUUCACUGAUGAAGAUUCCAAAAGACAAGGCUCCUGCUAAGUCCAAGACAGAAAACUGACCCAGGAUCAAGAGCUUGAGUAUGAGGGUCAGGACACUGCUGUCUGUCCUUUUGGCUGGAACCACUAUCUUCCAGUAAAUCGUGAAAAUGACCAACACAAAGGGAAAGAAGAGGGGCACCUGCUACACGUUCUCUAAAUCUUUUAGAAAGCAUGGAGUUCCUUUGGCAAAGUUCAUGCAGAUAUAUAAGGAUGGUGAUAUCGUAGACAUAAAGGGAAUGGGCACUGUCCAAAAAAGAAUGCCCCACAGAUGUAGCAGGGCAGAGCUAGAAGGGUCUACAGUGUUA